UCUCAGUCCAGAGCGCUGUUGACGUUGCUGCUUUCCACACGGCUCGUCCUUGCGGGGCGCGCAAGGAUUCUGACAGUUGCUCGCACACCCACACCGUAACACGCAGCUGUCAGUUUCGCACGCGAGUGUGUCGUCCUGUGAGUGCGUGCUCGGGAGUGAGUGACUAUUGGAAAAUUGGCAAAAUAUUGUCGUCCUUUCGCAGCGAGCAGGGAACUCCGCGGAUGUUUGUAGUGUGUCGUAGUCAGGAAGAGACACUCUGUUUUUUCCUCGUCGCGGUCGUGUCGGGAAUAAAAAGAAGUAGGAAGUAGAAUUCUUUUCGGUAGUGGCGCUAGGACGAAAAAUUAAACACGGGUCGUGGUUGGUGCGGUGAAAAACGCGGAAAAUCUUCAGCCUUUGAAGAUUUUCACGGCGGAAAUCUUGGUGGAGUUGGGUUCUGGGUUGGGUUUUUUUUUGGGGAGUAGUGAACGGUGUUCUACACACGGAAAAUGUCUACGAUUAGUGAACAGAACUGUGAUGUGCACCUGCAGGCCGAAAUCGAGGGGCUGAAGAACGCCCUGGCCGACAAGCACUCCCAGCUGGUGGCCAUGGAGAAUGCCUGCCUGGUUGAGAGUGACCGCCAGGUCGAACUCGAGGACAGCAUCAUCGCGUGGCAGGACAAGUACGAGCGGCUGUACGAGUCGCACAAGCGCGUCCAGAAGGUGAACCAAAACCUGGAGGACAAGCUGCUGAAGCUGGUGGACCGCAACGCCGGCGAGCGAGCCCAGCUGACCAGCGAUGUGGCCACGCUCAGCGUGCGGCUGGCGCAGGCCAACUACAACGUGCAGAGUCUGAAGCGGGAGAUUGAACGCUACAAGACCGACAUGAGUGUCGCAAUCCAGCUGCUGCAGUGCAAACCGGACAGCUUCGUUUCGCCAAAGCUUUCGUCGCUUCCGAUCGAGAUCCAGUCGAAGGUCGCCACGUACAUGCGGCUCGACACCAACUCCCACUCGGACUCGGAGGGCAGCACCAGCGGCGUCGGGGUGGCCACGGCCAGCUCCUACCACGUGCUGCCCGCCUCGGACAGCCCGCCGCCGAUGUGCCCGUUCCCGCCCACCGCCAUGGUCUACUCGAUGCGGGGCAUUGGUAAGUGUUAG